AUGGAACACAGAAACAAUGUGACGGAGUUUGUGCUCUUGGGGCUCACUCAGAGCCUCCAGUGUCAGAAAAUACUAUUUGCUGUGUUCUUAUUGAUCUUCCUGGUGACAAUGGCAGGCAACCUACUCAUUGUCCUCACUGUGAUGCUCAGCCCAGCCUUGAAUGCCCCUAUGUUCUUCUUUCUUGGCUACUUAUCAUUUAUGGAUGCUGUUUAUUCCACUACAGUUACCCCAAAUAUGAUUAUAGACUUACUCAGUGAGAAGAAAACCAUUUCAUUUCAAGCUUGCAUGGCACAGCUGUUUUUAGAACACUUAUUUGGUGGUGCUGAGAUUUUGCUCCUGGUGGCCAUGGCCUAUGACCGCUAUGUGGCCAUCUAUAAACCCCUUCAUUAUCUGACCAUCAUGAACCAACGGCUCUGUGUACAGUUGUUGAUGCUGGCCUGGGUUGGGGGGUUUUUGCACGCUGUUCUUCAACUUCUCUUUGCUUACAAUCUUCCUUUCUGUGGUCCCAAUGUCAUCGACCACUUCAUCUGUGACAUGUACCCCUUAUUGAAACUCGCUUGCACAGACACCUAUGUUAUUGGUCUCACAGUGCUCGCCAAUGAUGGGGCAAUCUGUGUGGUCAUUUUUACAAUUUUAACAAUCUCCUAUGGGGUCAUUCUGCACUCCCUGAAGAACAUGAGUCAGGAAGGGAGGCGCAAGGCCUUGUCCACCUGUGGCUCCCACAUCACAGUGGUCAUCCUCUUCUUUGUGCCUUGCAUUUUUCUGUAUGUGAGACCGCCUUCUACCUUGCCUAUUGAUAAAUCACUGGCUGUGUUCUACACUGUAAUGACACCUUUGUUGAACCCCCUCAUCUAUACUCUGAGAAAUACAGAGAUGAAAAAUGCCAUGAGGAAACUUUGGACUGGAAAAAGGAAAUGA